AUGCGCCCCCAUCACGACAAAAAUCUGGAUGUUCAUACUUAUUGCGGUGCGUUUGAUCAUCAUCGACUAAUUCACAUUCACCACCCUCUGAACAUAAUCGCCGAUGUUGAUACAAAAUUCUAUGUUGAGCAUCUUGUUUCUCUUUGCACGACGUUUCAUUAUUUGUAUAUGGACACAGAGCUGGAUGAGAAUAUUCCUGACAAUGUUGCGUGUUUUCUUGGACAAGCAUUAGUGGCUGCUGGCCAUCGUGUUCGUUUGGCAACACAUAAUACAUUUCGUAAAUUUGUACGAGGAAAUGGUUUAGAAUUUUUCCCAUUGGCAGGAGAUCCAGCUGAUCUUAUGGCAUUUAUGGUGAAAAACUCUGGCGUCAUACCGUCAGUGAGCAGUAUUGCCGCAGGAGAUUUAACGAAAAAUCGUAAUGUUUUAACUGAAAUUUUGGCGUCGACUUGGAGUGCAUGUACGCUUGAUGAUGAUGAAACAGGAGAAUCAUUCACAGCAGAGGCAAUCAUUGCCAAUCCGCCAUCCUUCGGUCAUGUACAUUGUGCACAAAAAUUACAAAUUCCAUUACAUAUUAUGUUUACAAUGCCUUGGUCACCAACGACUGCUUUUCCACAUCCUCUAAUCAACGUUGAUUAUUCAAAAGCAUCAAUUGAAAAAGUGAAUAUGUUAUCGUAUACAGCAAUCGAAAUGUUUACCUGGUCUAGUAUGCGCGAUAUUGUGAAUAACUUUCGUCGAGAGGUCUUAAGUUUACCGCCGCUUCAUACUCGACAAGCAACAUUUAUGAUGAUCGAUGAACAUGUGCCAUAUACAUAUUGUUGGUCGCCAUCACUUGUACCUAAGCCUAAAGAUUGGGCAGAUCAUAUAAAUGUUAGUGGAUUCUUUAUUCUUAAACAAGAUGCUACUGCUGACACCAAUUAUCCAGAUGAUUUGUUAAGGUUUCUCGGUCUGAAGAAUGCGAACAAAUCGGAGAAGCUAUCACCGCCUAUCUAUAUUGGCUUUGGUUCAAUCACGGGACAUGAUUCUGACCGUCUGUUAAAAAUUGUUCUAGAAGCACUUGAACAAACCGGCUACCGAGCUUUACUCUCUGGCUUAGCAAAAGAUGAUGAUCAACUACCUGAAACAGUUUUUAAAAUUGGUAGUGUUCCACACGAUUGGCUUUUUCAGCAUGUAUCUGCUGUAUGUCAUCAUGGAGGAGCAGGUACAACUGCUGCUGGUCUUCUGGCUGGUAAGCCAACGAUUAUAGUACCAUUUUUCGGAGAUCAAUUUUUUUGGGGCAAUGUUGUGGAAAAGAAUGGCGCUGGUCCUCAUCCAGUGCCUGGAAAAAUUUUGACGACAGAAGAUCUGGUAAAAGCAAUUGAAUUUGUACGUCGACCAGAAACGAAAGCUGCUGCUGAACGUAUCCGAAAUUCGAUGUCAAAAGAAAAUGGUUGUGAUGAAGCAGUGCAUGCAUUCCAUGCUCAUCUUCCACUUUCCACUAUGCGUAGCGAUCUGGAAUCAACAGAUGCAGCGUGCUAUCAACUGAAAGACCACCGAUUGCAAGUAUCGCGUCGUGUUGCCCAAGUACUUCUCAUUGGAAAACGAAUUGAUGAAUCACAAUUAGAAAGUCAUCCAACACGACAAUGGCUCUCGAUAUACGAUAAUCGCAUCCACAUACCGUUUCAUGGUAUCAUAAAACAUACACAAAAAGCCAUUGUGACCAUUGUUAUCGAUACUAGCAGCGGUAUCAAACAAGCAGUUCAUUGUGAUACAUGGCAAAGUGGCACGCGUAGUGUCUGCGAAGGUAUUGCAAAAGGCUUAGGGAAAGGUAUUGGCCAUCUAUGCAUUGGUUGUGUUUCGCUUUAUGGAGAAUUGACCGAUGUAUUGGACGCGGCACCAGUUUAUUAUGAUUUUUAUAAUGAACAAGAACUUCGCUCUCGACCAUAUGUGGUUGAUUUCAAUUCAGGUGUGAACGCUGCUAUACUUGCUGUCUACUACGGUUGGACAGACGGUGUUAAAGAACUCUUGGAGACACCUCGUAUCGGUUAUGGACGUCAUGGACUCAUUGGUGGUGCUGCUGGAACAUUGAUAGGACUUGUCAAUGGUUUAUUAAAACCUGUCGUUGGGACGUUAUCUUCGCUGACUUGGAUAUGUCGAGGUUUCUAUGCCAGUUUUAACAACUCUCUGCUUAACAAUAAGGACGAUGAAACAGACGUAGCAAAUACGAUUGAUCUAGAUUUAUCCACACUCAACUUAGCUCAAAACAAUUUGCAAGAUGAGCAGAGUGUCUCUGAAGCGGUAAUACUAGCAGCGUCGAAAACUGGCUUUAAACCAAGUGCUUGCGAGCAGAUCUUGUCUAAAUUUGAUAGAAUUAAACAGCAAUAUUUUACAGCUACAGCACAUGACCAUCAGUCAUGA